UCAUCCUACAACAAGACGGCGGCGGCGGCCACGGCGGCGGCGGUGGCUACGGCGGCGGAUUCGGAGGUGGAUUCGGAGGAGGACACGAUGACCACCACGGAGGCGGCGGCGGUGGCUUCGGAGGUGGUGGCUUCGGAGGCGGUUUCGGCGGAGGACACGAUGACCAUCACCACGGAGGCGGUGGUGGCGGAGGAUUCGGAGGAGGAUUCGGGGGCGGCUUCGGAGGAGGUCAUGAUGACCACCAUGGAGGCGGCGGAUUUGGAGGAGGCGGUGGAUACGGUGGCGGCGGCGGUUUUGGAGGCGGCCACGAUGACCACCACGGCGGCGGUGGAGGUGGAUACGGGGGCGGAGGCGGCUUCGGCGGAGGUUUUGGAGGUGGUGGACACGAUGACCAUCACGGGGGAGGAGGUUAUGGAGGCGGAUUCGGAGGCGGCGGCGGCGGAUUUGGAGGAGGCCACGAUGACCACCAUGGUGGCGGAGGCGGCGGUGGCGGCUUUGGAGGUGGCUUCGGAGGCGGAUUUGGGGGCGGUCACGACGAUCACCAUGGCGGUGGGGGCGGAUACGGCGGCGGCGGCGGCGGUGGGUUCGGAGGAGGAUUCGGAGGAGGCCACGAUGACCACCACGGUGGUGGUGGUGGAUACGGAGGGGGCGGUGGCUUCGGGGGAGGCUUUGGCGGUGGCCAUGAUGAUCACCACGGCGGUGGAGGCGGCGGUGGGUACGGAGGAGGAGGGGGCGGUGGCUUCGGAGGAGGCUUUGGCGGCGGCCAUGAUGAUCACCACGGCGGCGGAGGCGGCGGUGGAUACGGAGGCGGAGGGGGCUUCGGAGGCGGAUUCGGGGGUGGCCACGACGACCACCACGGCGGCGGCGGUGGCGGAUACGGCGGCGGCGGGGGUGGGUUCGGAGGGGGAUUUGGAGGUGGACAUGAUCAUCAUGGAGGCGGCGGGGGAGGAUUCGGCGGAGGAGGCGGCCACGGAGGCGGCAGCGGCCACACCACUGUCAUUAUCAAGAGUAACGGCGGCGGAGGCGGCGGCUUCGGAGGUGGUCACCACGGAGGUGGUGGCGGCGGUUUCGGAGGCGGUUUCGGUGGUGGCUAUGGCGGUGGCGGUGGCGGCGGCGGCGGCCAUCAUCACGGCGGUUACGAUUAGCCAGUGCAAGUCAAGAGUACCUUCAAAGUCUGUCAUUUUAGGUUAGGUUCAUAAUUUAUCGUUUCAUCGUGUUCAUGUGUCAUGUAUGCCUGUGUCCUGUACAUAUUGUUGAUGUUUUUUGUUAUUAAUUAUAUAUAUUUUAAUAUAACAUUUAUAUAACAAA